AUGAUGCUGUGCUGGAUUUUGAGCGAGAGUCUCUCCUUCGUAUUAAUACUCUCAUGGCUGGGAGUGAAUUUGUAUCUCUUUAUCGACACGUUCUGUUGGUACGAAGAGGAGGAGUCUUUCCAUUACACACGAGUUAUUCUGGGUUCAACACUGGCUUGGGCACGAGCAUCUGCACAGUGCCUGAAUUUUAACUGCAUGCUAAUUCUGUUACCUCUCAGUCGAAACCUUAUUUCAUUCAUCAGAGGAACAAGAAUCUGCUGUCGAGGACCAUGGAGGAGGCAAUUAGACAAAAACCUCAAAUUCCACAAACUGGUCGCCUAUGGGAUAGCUGUUAAUGCAACCAUCCACAUCGUGGCACAUUUGUUCAACCUGGAGCGCUACCGCCUGAGCCAGUCGGAGGAAGCCAAGGGACUUCCGGCUGCACUUUCCAAGCUUGGAAACUCCCCAAACGAGAGCUCCCUCAACCCCAUCCGGACCUUCCAUACAAACACAACCACUGAGUUGCUAAUGACAGUAGCAGGCAUUACUGGCCUGGUGAUAUCUCUGGCUUUGAUCUUGAUCAUGACCUCUUCAACAGAGUUCAUCAGACGGGUCUCCUAUGAGUUGUUCUGGUACACGCACCAUGUUUUCAUCAUCUUCUUCAUCAAUCUCGCUAUCCACGGGGCAGGUCGGAUUGUUCGAGGCCAAACUCCAGAAAGUCUCCGGGUCCACAAUGUCACCUUCUGUAGAGACCACUAUGCGGAGUGGCAGACAGCUGCUCAGUGUCCUGCACCUCAAUUUUCUGGCAAGGAACCCUCGGCUUGGAAAUGGGUUUUAGGCCCUGUGGUCUUGUAUACGUGUGAAAGAAUAAUUAGGUUCUGGCGAUUUCAACAAGAAGUUGUCAUUACCAAGGUGGUAAGCCAUCCCUCUGGAGUCCUAGAACUUCGCAUGAAAAAACGUGACUUUACAAUGGCGCCAGGGCAGUACAUCUUCCUCCAGUGCCCGUCCAUCUCCUCACUGGAAUGGCACCCCUUCACGCUCACCUCCGCCCCCGAGGAGGACUUCUUCAGUGUGCAUGUUCGGGCAGCAGGAGACUGGACGCAAGCUUUAUUUCAGGCCUUUGGGGCAGAGGGACAGACCUGCAAGGAGCUCUGGAGCCUGCCGAGGCUGGCGGUGGACGGGCCAUUUGGAGCUGCUCUGACGGACGUGUUUGCCUACCCAGUGAGUGUGUGUGUUGCUGCAGGAAUCGGCGUCACUCCCUUCGCCGCCCUUCUGAAGUCUAUAUGGUACAAGUGCUGUGAGUCACAGACCCAGCCGAAGCUGACCAAGGUGUAUUUCUACUGGAUUUGCCGGGAUGCGAGGGCUUUUGAGUGGUUUGCUGAUCUCUUACUCUCACUGGAAACCCGGAUGAGUGAACAAGGGAAAACCCACUUUCUGAGUUACCAUAUAUUUCUUACUGGCUGGGAUGAAAAUCAGGCUAUUCACAUCGCUUUACAUUGGGAUGAAAAUACAGACGUGAUUACAGGCUUAAAGCAGAAAACCUUCUAUGGGAGACCUAACUGGAACAGCGAGUUCAAGCAAAUAGCCUACAACCACCCCAGCAGCAGCAUUGGCGUGUUCUUCUGUGGACCCAAAGCUCUCUCAAAGACCCUUCAAAGGAUGUGCCGCUUGUAUUCCUCAGCUGACCCCAGGGGUGUUCAUUUUCAUUACAACAAGGAAAGCUUCUAG